UGAAGCGGCAGCUGAAGAGACUUCGGCACUUGCCAUGGCCGACGAAAAGCCCAAGGAAGGAGUCAAGACUGAGAACAACGAUCAUAUUAAUUUGAAGGUGGCAGGGCAGGAUGGUUCUGUGGUGCAGUUUCAGAGGCAUGCACCACUUAGUAAACUAAUGAAAGCCUAUUGUGGACGACAGGACAUAACUGCACAGCUGGAACUGGAGGACGAAGAUACAAUUGAUGUGUUCCAGCAGUAG